UUACUGCGGGACUGCGGUGGGCAUUCUGACACUGGGGGGAACUGACUUGGUGUCACUGACAUCCGCAGUGACACCAAUACAGUGAUCAGUGCUAAUUAAAAGCACUGACACUGUACUAAUGGCACUGGGCAGGAAGGGGUUAACUGUGUGCUGUUUCACAUUAUGUGCUGUGUGUGUGCUUUACUGUAUGCACACUGCUUUGUAUGGCUCUGCUAUGCAGAGCCAUACAAAGCAGAGUGCAGGAGCUGACAGGGGAGAGAACUGUAUUGUAUUGCGCACGCUCCAUACCUGGAACUGCAAAAUCACGUAUAUAUACACGUGAUUUUGCGUACCCGUGCCGCCGCCACUGUAGCAAUAUUUCUG